AUGCAGGAGAAAUACAGCCGUACUCUACAGCCGUACUCUACAGCCGGACUCUACAGCCGGACUCUACAGCCGGACUCUACAGCAGUACUCUACAGCCAUAUUCUACAGCAGUACUCUACAGCCAUAUUCUACAGCAGUACUCUACAGCAGUACUCUACAGCUGUACUCUACAACAGUGCUCUACAGCAGUGCUCUACAGCAGUGCUCUACAGCCGUACUCUACAGCCGUACUCUACAGCCAUACUCUACAACAGUACUCUACAGCAGUGCUCUACAGCCGUACUCUACAGCCAUACUCUACAACAGUACUCUACAGCAGUGCUCUACAGCCGUACUCUACAGCCAUACUCUACAGCCGUACUCUACAGCAGAACUCUACAGCCGAACUCUACAGCCGGACUCUACAGCCGGACUCUACAACAGUACUCUACAACAGUACUCUACAGCCAUAUUCUACAGCAGUACUCUACAGCCGUACUCAACAGCCGGACUCUAGAGCCGGACUCUACAGCCGGACUCUACAGCCGGACUCUACAGCCGGACUCUACAGCAGUACUCUACAGCCGUACUCAACAGCCGGACUCUAGAGCCGGACUCUACAGCAGUACUCUACAGCAGUACCCUACAGCCGGACUCUACAACAGUACUCUACAGCCGUACCCUACAGCCGUACCCUACAGCAGUACUCUACAGCCGUACUCUACAGCUGUACUCUACAGCUGUACUCUACAGCAGUUAAAACACUGUAUCCAGGCUGUGGAGUGA